AUGAUGAACAUACUCAAGGAUUUUGACGCUCAAGCAGCAUCAAACUACAUCAAUCCCUAUGCUGUGGAUGUGAUCCGGGCGAAGAGAAGAGAUCUGGUUUAUGGGAUCUCACAUACUGAGGAUUUACUGGAGCUUCUUGUCACAGAAGGGGUCAUGACAGCUGCAAAAAGAUCAAUUGUUUUAACCAUCAGGACACAAAAAGAUCAGAACUCAAGGGUCCUGGACAUUCUGGAGGCCCAGGGUGAGAGGGCAUGUCGGAAAUUCUUCCAUCCCUGUCUCAUGGUCGCAGAACCUGCCCUUUAUCAGCGUAUCAAAACUUAUGUGGGGAGCGUGAACGAACAAAUCAGAGACACGAGCAGACAGCUGAUUGGAUAUUUGCUGGAGAGGGAACAGGAGGGAAUGGAUAAUGUUGCUGAUCGAGUUGUCACUCAGAAGACUCAUAGUGUCUUUUCCACCUCAGACACAAAGAGAUCUAGCAUUCAAGAGGAAGAUAGAAGCACUCUGCCAAUUGUAAAAUCAGAGGACCAUGAAGCAGCACAAAGCAAAUCAGAAAGUCUCAUCCACAUGAUUGUUUCAGAUGGGGAGGUGGCUCUGGUGGAUGAUCUAUUAAGCAACACUAAUAUCGACACUGUUAAUUCCUCCAAUGAGACACUACUACAUGUAGCUGCUGAGUAUGGGCAUCUAUCCAUUAUUGAGCUCCUGUUGCGUAGAGGAGCAAGGAUGGACCUGCAAGAUAAUAGGGGCUACACAGCUCUGCACAGAGCAGCCAGCAGGGGUCACACUGAGAUAGUCAAAGCCCUCAUAAUGGCCGGGACCCCCAUCUACACUCUGGAUCUGCAAAAGGAAACUCCCAUUCACCUGGCAGCAAAAAAUGAGCACCUAAAUUCGGUUAAAGUCCUUGUAAAGGAGGAGGCAAAGCAGUUGGAGAGCCACACACAGGACAAGUUUCUCCACAUGGCAGCCAUGGGAGACAACUGGAGGCUGGUUGAGAUGCUUCUGCAGAGUGGGGCCGCCGUCGAUGCCAGAAACAACCAUAAAAAAACAGCUCUGUUUUAUGCAGUCGCCCGGAGCAAUGAGAAAACAGUGACUGUCCUUCUAAAUGCAGGGGCUAAAGUGGACUAUGAUGUUAUAAAUGAAGCCAUUAAGCUAAAUCAAGAAUCAAUUGUCCGCCUGCUGCUUGCUAACACCAGAGGAGCUCUGAGUGAAGAAGUGCUGGCUGCUGCUCUCUUCUCAGCUGUCAGACAGAACCAGGAUGGAGUGGUAGCUGCUCUGAUAGACAACGGAGCAAAUGUGAACAUGUCUGACGAACAAGGAUACACCCCUCUCUUAUUGUCAGCUGAGCUGGGACACGCAGAAGUCUUCAGAGUUCUAGUAGCAAAAGAGGCCAAACUGGAUGCUACUUUAUCCGAUCUCUCCUCAGCCUUGCAUCUGGCUGUCCACAGUGGCAGUGUGACCAUAGUGCAGACACUGUUGGAAAGGGAAUUAGACCCCAACAGAGCUGGACCUAAUCUGCAAACCCCUCUACAUCUGGCAGCUCAGUUUAACAGGUCAGACUUAGUUGGUCUGCUGUUAAGAGCUGGAGCACAGAUCAAUGCAAUAGCCCAGGAUGGGGUGACCCCUCUGCAUGUAGCCAGUAGGCAAGGCCAUGCAGAGACAGUGAUCCAGCUUCUACAAGGCAAGGCAGACCCAGGAGUAAAAGACAGGCUAGGAAGAACAGUCCUGCACUGGGCAGCGUCUUCUCAAGCAGAGAGUCAUGUAGUGGACCUGCUGCUGUCAGCCAAAGCCAACCCAAACAUCACUGAUAAUGAGAAAAAAAAUGCCCUUCAUCUGGCUGCCAUGGAGGGAAAAGUAGACGCUGUGACUUCACUGUUGUCCUACAAAGCAAAAAGAGAGGCUAAAGACAUGGAUGGUUCCACACCUCUGCAUUGCGCAGCAGCUGGUGGGCAUGCCAGCGUGGUUUCAGCACUUCUACAGUCACUUAACAACAAGGGGAUGGAGGAGAGGAACACAUGGAGGAAAACACCACUUCAUGUUGCAGCUGAAAAGGGCCACGGUAGAGUGGUUGUGCUGCUCCUGGAAGCUGGGGCAAAGAUCAACACUACAGAUCACAGUAAAAACACUCCUCUGCACUGUGCUGCACGAGGUGGACACCAAGAUGUAGUAAAGAUACUUUUGGACUGGGUGCAAGCUGGGCGUAUGGGGCAGAGAAAGAAGGCAAAUCUGCACACUACCAAUAACGUGGGGAAGACAGCACUGCAGGUGGCAGAAAGUGGAGACACACCCGAACAUGAGAUCAUUGCAACUUUACUCAAGAGAAAGAUGUUUCUCAUCAAAUAG